AUGGAGAAACAAAAGAAUAAAUAUUGUCGGUUUUGUGCUGAACUAAAACUAUCAGAAAAAAUGUUGAAUUUAUUGGACGCUGAUAUUAAAUUUGACGAAGGCAAAAUCAGUUUUUUAAGCACCAUGUACAUUGAUGUCUUCAGUAAAGACUUACAUUUACCAAAAACUGUAUGUUUUGUAUGUUAUGAAACAUUCAAUAAGGCUUACGAUUUCUUUGAUAAAGUGAAAAAGGCACAAUUGAUAUUAAUUAAUGUAAUUAAUGAGGAAAAAUGUGAAUCCGAGGACGACGAUAAGAUGACCGGUUUUGAUGAUUAUAUCGAUGGUUCAGAUUCAAUAAAACAAGAAUCUUCUGAUAAAAGCACAACCAAUGUAGAAAAAAAUAUGCAAAAAGUGGAAAAUGUGGCUGUUGAAGUAAAAAAGGAGCCCAAAGACGAAAUAGAAGUGGUCCUAGAUAGCCAAGAUGGACAACAAAGUGAAACUUUAAAUGUACAAGAUAUCUUGGAUGCAGCACUGUGUAAAGUGCCCUAUUCCGAUGUGAUGCUGUACGCUAAAGAAGUGAAAGACACUAGCAAACGAACAAUAUCAGAAUGGAAAGAAUAUCCAUGGCUUUGUGCCCACUGUAACAUAGAAUUUCUUGAUAUAAUUACUUUAAGACUGCAUUCUAAAACAACUCAUAAUAAAUGCAGUGCGUUUAUGUGUAUAGAUUGUGAAAGUUUUGGUAAUGCAGAUUUUGAUACAUUUAUAAAACAUGUGAAAAUGCAUAGGAAAAGACUAAGAAAAAGAUGCCACUAUUGUGAUGAACCAGUAAAUGAAGAUUUAUUAUCUACACAUAUAAAAGAACACUUUUCAAAGAACCAGGUAUCAUGUAAUAUGUGUGGAGAAAUACUAAAAAAUAAUGAAUCCCUCCAAAAGCAUCUUGGAGAAUACAACUCUACAAAACCAAAGAGAAAACCUAGAAGAAAGAGAGGAACACCCUUGACCAUAGAGGAUUUGACUUGCAAAUUAUGUAAAAAAGUGUACAAGAACCCAAACAGUUUGCGUGACCAUAUGAAAAUACAUACAAAUGAUAGAAAAAGAAAUUAUGCGUGUGAUAGAUGUGGUAAAAUGUUUUACAGUAAGGGAACACUUACGUCCCAUAUCAUGGCUCACGAUCAAAUAAGGCCUCAUAUUUGUAGAAUUUGUAACAAAUCCUUCUUAUUUCCAAACAUGUUGCGAAGACAUGUCGAUAUGCAUUCUGGUGUGAAGCCAUUUUCUUGUGAACAAUGUGGACGAUGCUUUAGACUACAAUAUCAAUUAAACGCUCACAAAAUAGUCCACACAGACUCUAUGCCUCAUGUCUGUCAAUAUUGCAACAAAGCAUUUCGAUUUAAACAGAUCCUAAAGAACCAUGAACGUCAACACACAGGAGCAAAGCCCUAUUCUUGCCAGAGUUGUGGUAUGGAAUUCACGAAUUGGUCAAAUUACAAUAAACAUAUGAAGCGAAGGCACAAUUUAGAUACUUCAAAGAAAAAGAUUACUCCUGAAGGUGUUUUUCCCAUCAACCCUCAAACGGGUGAACUGGUUCAGUACAAUGACGCUGGAACUGAAGAAUGGAAGACCAAGAUAAUGAUACCAGGUAAAAGAGGAAAGAAGAAAGUUAUAAAAAAAGAAGAAGUUGUG